AUGGAUAUCGUGAGGGUGUACUUGGACGUAGAUAUAAAAGUUGAUAGUGACACAGAAGAUGUUCUUAGAAAAACUGUAAAAAAGGUUUCAGUUGAUAGAAAGUCAGUCACACAAGCUGAAUAUGUUCAGCUGAAUAUCUUCAGUAGAAGCAAGCCAAACUACACAAUUUUUAAAAGUAUUCCUACCAAGGUAGAACAAUCAUAUCAGUUGGUUCGCAGUGGAUAUAGAAUUCAACAUCCACUUUUGGAGGAAGAUCACGCUCUGUUCCAAAUUCCCCAGCCAUGUCAAACAUCCAAGAAGAUAAAGAAUAUUAUCAAAGCAUUACCGCCAUCAAAUUCCUUGACAGUUAUACAAAAGACAUGUCAAUUUUCCACUACUUAG